AUGAAGAUCUUGACACCUAUAAUUCAUGUCCCCUUGAUCGAAGAAACUAUAAAUUUUGAACAUCACAAGGAUUACUUGAAUCGUUUUUUCACCCUUCGGUAUUGCAUCGAUGUUAAUCAAAAGUACAACGACUUUUGUGUUCUUGUUCAUUCGAACAAAGUUUGCGUUGUUACUUUAGCUCCGUCGCAUCCGUUGUUAUGCGAAGAUAUCGAGAUUAGAAACAUAAAUUUCCAAGUUUCUAAAAAUAUCAACAGACUGGACAACAAAAUAUCAGGAAAACAUAAACGAAAUGCUCAAAAUGUAAAUCAGACAGCUCCUCUUUGUUUCGUUGAAUGCGCUGAUGACAAAGUUUAUACAAUUUACUCCACGAUUCCUGGAAAAUUAUUGGAAAUGAACCAUCAAUUGGAAAACAAUCCACAGAAAAUUCGCGAGUGUUCUCCCAAAUUGUAUCAUAAGCAAUGCUAUAUUGCUAUUAUUUUACCUGGUAUUCAUCAUACUAUAGAGAGUCUUAAUAAGAAUUUCCUUACUCCUGAAGAAUAUGAAAAGGCGAUGUUAGAGCGAAUUGCUCCUAAAAAAGUAGAAUAUUAG